GGGGGAGAGAAGGGGAGAGAGAUAAAGAAAAAGAGAGAAAAAGGGGAUUAUUAGUGCAGGGGGAUAGCCUGCAGUGUCGUAUACGAGACAGUGCGUCCACGCGAACCGACGGUGGAUUUCACCGUGGAGCGGCGCGACUACGCGCACGGAUCUCUACAUGCCGCGACUGGUGCACCGCUCGGCGAAUUAGAGACACCACGGAGAGGGGGAGACCGAGCCAGGCAGACCGGGGAUCCUCCGACCAUGUCGUUGCUCAGCGUAACGGUGAAGAAGGCGCGGUUCGUCUGCGAGGAUGCGGAUCAGUUCAACUCCUACGUAACGUUGAAGCUGCAAAAUGUUAAGUCAACGACAGUCACUGUGAAAGGGGCCAAUCCAUGCUGGGAACAAGACUUCCUCUUCGAAACGAAUGACAUGAACGCCGGGCUCGUGGUGGAGGUGUGGUGCAAAGGAUUCUUGUGGGACCGUUUUCUGGGCUACUACUACAUCCCACUGUCAGAGGUGUCCUACAUGAACGAGGUAACGAGAAAUCAGUGCAACUUAAGUACGGCGGAGGUACAGGAUCGGCAAUCCGAACAGAACACGUCCGAUAUGUGUGACACCAACAGUAACACACAGCCAGACAUCAUCACCGACACGGUACACCAAUUCAAUACAUAA